UCCAAGAAAACAGUCGUUUGAUGAUCCUGUUUCUUUAAGAAACACUGAACGACGAGCUCGAAACCGACUUUAGCCUCAUCCCUCCCACAGUCUGCGUUACGUCACCCACUGUCACUCAGCGGUCACCUGCUUCAGCUGAGGGCUGAAACCCACGGGGAGAACACGGAGAAGCUAACAGCCAGUUGCCACAAUGCUCGCUCGCCUGUUAGCGUCGCUCGUCAACAACCUUCACGUCGUUGAGAAGUUGGCGGAGUCUCGACCGAUUCGCAGGGCGGCUCAGAUCACAGCUUAUGCUAUCACCAAGGCUCAGAUAGCCGGACGGGACGCCUCGGACCGGGCCUUGCGCUCCCAGACGCUACGGCAGGUCCGGGACGAGGCCAGCAAAGUGCCCGGGGAUCUGGGAGAGAUCAGUGGCCGCCUCAAGAGAGUCAGAGACACGUUUGUGAAUGAGGUGAAGUCAGGCUGGAAGGACGGAUCCAGGCAGGUGAAGAAGUGAAGAAGACAAGCUGGUUGUGGGAUGUGACCGAAACGCUGCUGCUUGAACUAAAUAGAACUAUUGUGUGAGCACAUUGUCAGCAUGGCACAGAGACGGCGUGCUGGUGAACCAUCACCAUCAGGGUGCGCUCAGGUGGUCGGUAAUGUCUGUACUUGCAAUCUGCAAGGUCAGUUUAUAACAAACUGUGGUUAGAAAAAUCAAUGUGUUUUUAAACUUCUGAAAACACGUGGGAGCUUGAAGUGUGCUCUUUACCUCCCACAAACUUCUGAUGGUGACGUGGACGCUGUGUUUAAGUAAAACAUUUUGUUUAGAAGAUUUAGAUUGGCUUCUGAUGAGGCCUUCUUGACAUUCAUCCCUUGUAGCGAACUGUGCAAUCAUUUGUCUGUAACACAUCAUCCUGCCAAAGAGCCUUUUCUGGCUCUGUGUUUCUAGAGUAAAAAAGUAUUCAUAUUAAGUGAGAUGUGCUGCGUAAAAAGACCUUUUAGAUGUGACUCAAUCAAUAAAUAUUAUAAUUCAAAACUGCUGAUAGUCUGCACUUAAAUCCCAUCUUGAUUGUAUUAAACUGCUGUAGUGGUGUACAGAGACGCAAUUGCCCAGAAACUUUAUACCUCACAAUCAAUGGGUGAGUUUUACAGUAGGAAUCCGGUCAUAUCAGGGAAAGCACACUUGCUACCAAAUGAAAAUAACUUGUUAGUAAAGGAACACUUUUUAAUUGGUGUACAGCAUUAGUUGAUUAAACUUCAGGGAUAUUGAUUUGGUCAGUUUAGUAGUAGAAGGGUUUUAUAGUUUCAGCUACCUUGGUGUCAAUGAAAUAGUCUUAUUGCUGCCCCUCUAAUUAUCCCCAAAAGAGUAGGAAUUUUACAGGUGGAGGCCA